AUGUCUGAGCUGCCUGCUUUCCCCCGAAUGACCUUCCUGUUGCUUUGCAUUCUGGGUAUGACCUUGGUGACAUCUGGCUUCCCUCAGUCUCGACUACCUCUCAGAAGUCUUGAUGAUUCAGAGGAACCCACACGAGAUGAAUGGGAUGUCCUCUUCCCCACCAUCUCUCUCCGUGAUUGGAGCAUUCAAAUGAUGUCAGCGCCCAGCCUCGGAGCAGCAGCCGACAGCAAGGCAGGGCUGAUGAGGGAGGCGUGGCUGUUCAGCCCCGAGAGGCCAGAGGCCAGCGUGGAGAGGGCGUGGCCGGCCGAGUGGUCGCCUCAAGGUGCCGGCACGGUGAAGAGGAACAUGGUGGUGGCUGAUGAUUCUGCCUUCAGAGAGAAGAGUAAACUCCUCACCUCCAUGGAGAGACAGAAGUGGCUCAACUCCUACAUGCAGAAACUACUGGUGGUUAAUUCGUAA